UUCAAUGGGAGCUGUUCAGUACAAACAUUCUCCUAGUGGUUGUCGGACAUAUAGUAACGUGCAUAUGGUAGUUACGUGUUUCGAUUCAGUUAAAAGUUAACCAUGGAUCCUACGCGAAUUAUUUAUCCUUUAUUUUUUGCAAGCGCAUUUUUAAGUGUAACAGGAGGUUCGCAUUCCGCAGUGCCAUUUCUGAAAUUAGCAACAUGCCGGGAUUUUAAUAUAAAAUCUUCAGAAUGUCAGCAUUAUUUCCCUAUCGACAUGCUUACAAACAACAUAUCAAAUGAAUACAAACUCCACUUAACAUUUUAUGUGAUGACGACCACUGCCGCUAAUAUCGUGCUUACGGAUGGGAAUAAUAAAGGCAAAGUCCGGUACAAAGCUGUUGUUGGUGGCUAUGCUAAUACUUACUCUUGGCUAAGAAAUACAAGUGAUACCACCGUGGGACUAGACAGCCAUAAAACUGGAAUACUUUCACCUCUUUGGCCAACCCCCAUCGUAGUGCGUCAAAAAUACGAUGGACAACUAUCUGUUGCCAUUCCCGGUGUCAUAGACCCACUUCUAAGAGCUGACGCUUCCGAUUUGGAAGUGAAAUCAGUGUGUCUUUAUGCCUGGCAAGCUGAAAGUCGUUGGUUUUACAAUUGCAAUGAAGAUAACGAAUAUCGUACAAUGGACGGUUAUACCUGUGUCAAGCUUCAGCAGUAAACCUACUAGGACUAUCAUCGGAAGAAAUAAUUUGGAAAAUGAGUGUCAUCGGGCAAAAGUACGACAUUAUUUAUAAUAAAAUCUAAAUUCAAAAACGAA